UUCAUAGCUUUGAGCCAACGGCGUGCCGUACGGGAUUGGGAUUGUCACAAAGUUGUCAAACGUGUUAGCACUGUUACUUUCAAUCGUACAUUUUUUUACUGUGUUUGUAGACAAUAUUGAGGUCAUUGGCUAAACCAUGUCGUGGUGAGAAAAUAAUUAGUCAAUCCAUGCCGAACUAAGUAACGUUAGAGCGCCGACCCUGCAGUCUCUACCUAAGUAGCUAACAAACUUAGCUAGCUGCUAAUGACAUGGAACUGCAAACGUUACUACUGGGAGUAUUAUCUGGAUGCAGUGUGAUAGUCCUUUGUUUUGUUGUCCGACUUGUAGUUGUUCUACAGAAAGGUCCAGAAUGUAAGCCUGGGACGAAGGGAUCUGUAUGUGUACUAGUCGUAGCGGGAUCUGGUGGCCAUACGACUGAGAUUCUGCGCUUGGUUGGAAGUUUGUCCGAAUCCUACAGGCCACGGCACUAUGUCAUCGCGGACACAGAUAAGAUGAGCGAGGACAAGAUCCACAGCGCUGAAAGCUGUCGAGGAGACACUCUGAAGAAUCCCCAGUACACCAUUCAUCGGAUCCCUCGCAGUCGUGAGGUGCGCCAGUCCUGGAGCUCGUCAGUGGUCAGCACCCUGAGCGCCCUGCUCUACUCCGUGCCACUGGCCUUCCAACUGCGGCCCGAUGUGGUGCUGUGUAACGGGCCAGGAACGUGUGUGCCUCUGUGUGCGGCCGGGCUAAUGCUCGGGAUCCUGGGACUGAAGAGGGUGGUGCUGGUCUACGUGGAGAGCAUUUGCCGUGUGGAGACCCUAUCUCUUUCCGGAAAGAUCCUCUACCACCUGGCGGACUACUUCUUUGUGCAGUGGGCCAGCCUAAAGGACAAAUAUCCUAAAGCAAUUUACAUGGGGAGGAUUGUGUAAUCAUAACUCCAGUUUUUGAACUCAACUGGACCAUACUCAAGACUUCUUUUUUUAUGUAAAUCAUGUGUACACAGAUGUAAUGGUGCAAGUGGGGUUGAUCAUUUGGUGGUAGUUAGUGUAUUUGUGUCAUUGAACUUUGCCAUUGAUCUUGUCAUCUAACUCGUGGUCUGGCACAACCAUUUGUGUGAAACUGGGAAAAUGUUACAUCAGGUUUUAGCUAUUUGGAAAAUGACAUCCACUCAAGAACUGUAAACGGUGUCCAAUACCGACAGCGAGGCGUAGGUGAAACUGCUUCAUGCCUAAAUCAAGAAGCCCUUGUUGUGAAGUUGCCAAGGCUUUCCUCUCCGGCUCUCUCUCUCUCGAAUGUAACUGUGCAGCCGUGAAGUGACAGGCCGACGGCCGCCUCGGCGCUCUCGAUGCCGUGACCGCUCCCCGCCACUCCCCACGCAGAAGAAAAGGCAAGACUCCGCAGGACAGCUGUAGCUAGCGCAGAUGGCAUCUGCAGAGGGACACCUCCACGAGGAAACACUUCUGAGCAGAGCUGACAGGGCUGCAUUGUUCUGCAAUGACGGGCUGCAUUUGGUCUGAAUAGAAUUGGAAAAAGAAUUGAUGAGGAACUGAUGUGUAUUUCUUUCAUCAUCAUGAUUAUUUUUUGUUUUGUUGAAGUUUGGUCUAAUAACCCCUUUGAAUCCUGUGCUGUGGGAUGUGCAGAUUCGCAGCUUACUUACUACAGUGCUACAUGCCGAGCAAAGUCAUAUGUUAUCAUAGAGACAAAUAAGACAUGCUGGGUGUGUUGGUUUUUCUUUAGAUCUGAAUGAGGAAUUAUUCAUGCAUUUGCAAACAUCAGUUGCAUUUCCUGGAAACUGUGUAUGGGUGCAGUUCUCAGAGAUUAAAUCAACUCUGCUGUUUCACUUAAA